AUGUCGACCUCUAAGCAGCACGAUAAUGCUUCCGAGAAGCAGAAAUACCAGACGCUUGAGGAAUGGGUGAACGAGAGCCCCGACCAUGUGACGAAGAGAAUUCGCAAUCUUCAUCGCAUCCCAGAAGUUCCAGACAACAAGGUGCUCUCAGACGAGGUCAUAUUCCUCAAUGGCAAGGCCGCGGACUACUUUUUCUAUCGCUUGGGGACGCGCUCAGUCACUGCCAAAGACAUCGGCAUCGACGAACACGGUCGUAUCAUUCUCAAGACAGAAUACACCAGAUUCAUUCGCAUGAUCGUCGAUCGUGUUUUCACACUGCCCGGAAUCCACUCGUGUCUGAGAAGCGUGUCGGAUCUUGCUUCUUACGCGCAAAGCGGCGUGGAGAACGGGGUUGAUGGAAUGGAUUUCGACAUACUCGAGGAGAAAUGCUGCGCAGCCUACGAACUACUCUCCCCAAGGGUGUCAGAAAUUGGGGAAGCCAUGACAUGUUUGGACCCUGGCUCGUGGUUCGACCCACCAUUGGACUCAGACAUCCGGAAAAGUACAGAAGUUCUGAGGGAUACCGUUGAGCUGUUCCAUCUAAGCGCUUCUGAAUUCGAAGAGCUGGAAAAGCUCAUGCAAGAUCCUCAGCCAUCACCUACAGUCUGUGAUCGUCUACAAUACGGAUUCUAUUCACUCGAAGAGUUGGGGGAGGUCAUUGAACAUCUUCAGAACGAUAUUUCCUUUUAUCGCAAGUGUCGUUCAGCUUGCCUCCAACCCAUCACCGAGCACUUGGAAUCAAACCAAGAGCUGGAACCUACACACGAUCAGCCCACAUUUCAUUCCAAUGACAACAGCACCGACAGCUCGAUCAGCAUCCCAGAGUCCCAGAAGUCUCAAUUGUCGCCGAAUCAACAACGGCAGAUCGUCACCAACUCCAAGCCAUUCCCGACUUUGACAUUGCUUUCCAUCUUGACGGUCUCCAUCGUCCUCAACAUCUUCCUGUUGUACUAG